AUAAUAGAACUAUAUAUAUAAUAUGGCAAGGUACAAGAGGGCAUUAUUACUAUUAAUUUUGUGUUUGAAUAGAGGGGAAAAUAACAUAGAGAGAUGGGGAGCAAUAUUACUGAUGAUGAUUGUAAUGGCAACAAAUCUGAGUACUCGUUUGAUGUGAAGAUGCCCACAAUAAAAUUCACCAAAUUAUUUAUUAACGGAGAAUUUGUCGACUCAGUUUCAGGAAAAACAUUUGAGACGAUAGAUCCAAGGAAUGGGGAGGUUAUAGCAAGAGUUGCCGAAGGAGAUAAGGAAGAUAUCGAUUUGGCUGUCAAAGCCGCCCGUGCCGCCUUCGAUCAUGGUCCUUGGCCUCGCAUGUCUGGCUCUGAGAGGGCAAGGAUUAUGAUGAAGUUUGCAGAUUUGAUUGAGGAAAACAUUGAGGAACUAGCUAGUAUGGACUGCCGUGACGGAGGAAAAUUAUUUAGUGUGGGAAAAGCUAUAGACAUACCUAAUGUGGCAAACACCCUAAGGUACUACGCCGGUGCCGCCGAUAAAAUCCACGGAGAGGUGCUCAAAAUGUCAACUCCAUUUCAUGCCUACACAUUGCUUGAGCCCAUUGGAGUUGUGGGACACAUCAUCCCUUGGAAUUUUCCAAGCACCAUGUUUUUCACCAAGGUCAGCCCUGCCUUAGCCGCUGGCUGCACCAUGCUCAUCAAACCCGCCGAGCAAACUCCUCUUUCAGCUCUCUUUUAUGCUCAUCUCGCUAAGUUGGCAGGUAUCCCAGACGGGGUGCUCAAUGUGGUAAAUGGAUAUGGACAUACUGCAGGUGCUGCCAUUAGUUCUCAUAUGGACAUUGAUAAGGUGAGUUUUACUGGGUCUGGAGAGAUUGGGCGUGAAGUAAUGAAGGCAGCAGCAGCAAGCAACUUGAAACCGGUAUCACUAGAAUUAGGAGGCAAGUCACCACUCAUUAUUUUUGAUGAUGCUGAUUUAGAAAUGGCUUCUGAGCUUGCUCUUGUAGGAAUCCUAUUUAACAAGGGAGAAAUAUGUGUGGCAAGUUCUCGUGUUUAUGUUCAAGAAGGGAUUUACGAUGAAUUGGUGAACAAAUUAGUAGAGAAGGCUAAAGCUUGGUCCGUGGGCGACCCUUUUGAUCCUCAAGUUCGUCAAGGACCCCAGGUUGACAAAACUCAGUUCGAUAAAAUUCUGAGAUACAUUGAGAAUGGCAAGAGAGAAGGGGCCACUUUAUUAACUGGUGGUAAGCCAAUAGGAGACAAGGGAUAUUACAUUGAGCCUACCAUUUUCACCAAUGUUACGGAGGAGAUGCUGAUUGUAAAAGACGAGAUAUUUGGACCUGUUAUGGCACUGAUGAAAUUCAAGAGCAUGGAUGAGGCUAUAAAGUGUGCCAACAAUAGUAGAUAUGGGCUGGCAGCAGGAGUUUUGACUAAAAACUUGGAUAUAGCGAAUACAGUUUCGAGAUCAAUAAGGGCGGGUACCAUAUGGAUCAAUUGUUACUUUGCUUUCAAUGACGAUUGCCCUUUUGGUGGAUACAAAAUGAGUGGGUUUGGAAAGGACUUGGGCUUGGAUGCUCUUCAUAAGUAUCUUCAGGUUAAGUCCGUCGUCACACCCCUAUAUAACUCUCCUUGGCUUUGACAUUUAAGCUAAAAUAAAUAAACAUAAAAACUCCAAUAAAGGGCAUUUAAUGAGAGUUAUUACUGAGUGUCAUACUUCUGUUAUAUAGUUUGACUGCAGCUGUUUGUAAUGUGCCCAAAAAAAAAUAGAAAACUUGUAAAAAGGGUUUGUAUAAUUUGCUGGUUA